CCCGGGCUGAUUGGCGUGUGGCAGCACCGGGGCCGCCUCCGCCCUCCCGCUGCUCGCACAACUUUUGCGGCAGAGAGCGCGCUCGCACCCCGAUCCGCUCGCCGCCGCCCUCAGCCCGGCGCCCGGCAUGUGAGCGCGGGCGGCCGCCGCCACCAUGGCCACGCCGCGCGCCCCGCGGUGGCCGCCACCGUCGCUGCUGCUGAAGCUGCUACCGCUGUUGCUGCUGCUGCCCGCCGCCCCCGGGGCGCGGGGCUCCCUUCCCUCUCCGGCCCACCGUACACUCCUCCCGGCCGCGGGGCCGCUUUCGCCGCCUGGUGCCGGACACACGGUCCCCGGGCCCGGCGUCUCGACCCGGCGGGGACAUUCCGGCCGUUUCCCCAGAGGUGUGAGCGCUGCUGCUGCAGGGAACCAUUGGCCAGAAAGUAACAACACCGAAGCCCACAUAGGAUAUACCCCAUUUUAUCAGAGUCAAGAGGACCAUUCAGGUUCCAGAAAAGGAGUGGCAGCUCAGACGGCCAGAAUGAGCCACCGAUCCUCAGAAACCCCAGAAAAGUCCUCCCUCUUCCCUGAGACCAGUGCUGAGUGGAGGAACGUGUCUUCUGGACCCUCGCCUGAGAUCACCACGGCGGCGCAGACCGCCCACAGCAGCUUGUCUACCCUGGAGAGCCUUCCCCAGUCACCCAGCAGUUCCAGGUCACAAAAAGGAAUCACUACUUCUCAAACAAAGAGUGGAACAUCCCCAGGCUUCCUGGAGAGGACAGGGGAGCUCCCAGGAGAAGGGACUGUGCACACACAAGUGGCUGGCACCUGGGUUUCCCGCCAAGCCGCCUUUCCUGCUCUGGAACCCAGGGAGCCAACGGUGCUCUCCCAGAAGAGGAAUUCAUCUGGCCAGGAGCACCCUGGGCCACCAUUCUCCUGGACCCAGAGUCACCCUCCUCCCUCAGACCACCCCUCGUCUUCUAGAAGUUCAAUGAAGGGCAAUAACGUCCCUGCUCUCCAGAACCCAUCAGUCACCCAGACAAAGAGCAUGCUCGUCACUGACACAUUCACUAAUGGUGUCCCAAGAAUGCUGCGGUCUCUGCCUGUCGAUGUGGAACCUGCCAGUGAGACAGAAGGUUUCCCAGAGCACUCCAGUCUUGCUAUAACCUCAGUAUCAGUCCAUUCUUCACCCUCUGUGAAGGACUCAAGGACAAACAGUGGACUCACUGAACGUGUGGGAGAUGGAGAAGGCACUGAGCUGUCUACAGAAAAUGGAUAUGGACUUCCAUCUAUACACUGGCAAAGUGAUGCCCCGUCCUUUGGAGAACAUCAGCUUGCCAACAGCUCAGAAGCAGGAAAUGGCAGUGCCAUGCCUCUGACUGAGACUGUGUUUAGAUCAGUCCCCUCCCUUGGUGGUGGAGCGAGCACAGGACGAUGGUUCCCCGCCAAGAAUAAAACAUCUACAGAUACGGCAGAAAGCUCAGCUUCGCAUCCAGGAGCUGGGAGCACUCAGUCCUCAGAAGCUGCGCAACAGCCUGGAGGUGAUGACUCGCGGAUGGGUGGGAGGAGUUACGCAGAGUCUUCAUCUUCUUCAUCUACAUCUUCUUCCGAAAGCGUGGAUUCCUCAGCACCUUUCGGAGAGAGGGGAGAGCAUUCAACUCCAGAAGAUGGUGCAGUGCUGAGUGACAGCUCAGAUCUGGCAGACAGCACUUCGGGGGCGCGUGCACCUCACACAUCUGCAAUGUUCACCCGGAGCGGGGAACGCACGCUGCGGUCUCUUGACCUCUCGAGCAUAGCGACCGGCCCUGUGCACCCCACCCCACGCGGGAACGUGACGGAGCAUGCUGGCCUACUAUCCGGGGCACCAACUCUCGGAGUUACUGGACUUAGCCACACUCAAGAGCAUGGCUCAGACUCUGGACAAAGGACUUCCGGCGAGCACAAAGACCACGCCUAUGUUCCGUCUUCUUUCACCAAAGGAGAACGGACGCUACUGUCUGUUACAGAUAACACUUCCUACUCAGAGACCGGCGAGAGCUCAACCUCUUCCAUUAAGAUCUCAAACUCUCCCUCUCAGGCUCAGCCGAAGCAAAGUAGCGCGUCCUCCCACAACGACAACGCCGAGCCUGCCGAGCCUGCUGAGCCUGCCCAGUCUUCCACCGAGUCGCCGGUUCUGCAUACGUCCAACCUUCCAACCUACACGUCCACUGUUAAUAUGCCAAACACCUUGGUUCUUGACACCAGACCUGUUGAGGACUCAUCUGAUUCAGGGGCGUCCUCCAUUCCACCCUCACCGUCACAACCCCAGCCCUUCUCAUCAGCCUUACCAUCAACCAGGGCUCCUGUACAGCAGCUAAAGUCUACCUCUGAGACAACCACAUCCUCACUGUCUCCUUCACCUGUCUUCUUAAUGGGGUCGACUCUUGCCCCAUAUUCUGUCUCACAAACCUUCCCACAUCCAUCGUCUACCCUAGUCCCUCACAGGGCAAGGGAGACACGUGUGACUUCCGUCCAAAUGUCCACGGAGAUAUCAGCCAUUGCAUUGGUCCCCAGCAACCAAACAGCAGACCCCAAGAACCAGAGCACCCCACAGCAAGAGAAACCCAUCACAGAAGCUAAGUCACCAAGCUUGGUGUCUCUGCCUACAGACUCUACCAAAGCAGUAACAGUGAGCCUUCCUCCAGGGACCCCUUGGUCCCCAGCCUUAAUAGGGUUGUCCACGGAGCCAGCCCUUUCAGCCACAAGCACCAGCUCAAGCCAGAUAUCUCCAGCUUUGACAUCUGCCGUGCCCCAGACUACUAACUCUCCUGUGACCAGUCCCAGCCCCCUGUCACACGUAGAACCUUUGACCCCAGAUGCUGUAGUUGUACACACUACCCCAGAGAAACCACACUUCCCAACCAAUCCUGAAAUUCUAGUGCCACGAAUCUCAACUGAGGGGGCCAUCACCACAGAAGGGAACCGGGAGCACCUGGAGCCUACCACUCCGUCAAUUCCUCUGACCACUUCAACCACACCAGCAGAAGAAAUGACCACAGAGCUUAGCCAUGCAGAGGAGUCCAGCCCAUCACAUUUUCUUACACCAUCUUCACCUCAAACCACAGAUGUUUCUACAGCUGAAAUGUUGACUUCCAGAUAUACCACCUUUGCUGCUCAGAGCACCCCACAGUCACCAACAACACUGUUGCCUCUAACCCCAGUCAACAGCUGUACCGUGAACCCUUGUCUUCAUGAUGGUGAAUGCCUUGUGGACCUCACCGGUCGUGGGUAUCGAUGUAUGUGCCCACCUGCCUGGCAAGGGGACAACUGCAGUGUGGAUGUGGACGAGUGUCUCUCCAGCCCGUGUCCUCCCUUAGCCACGUGCAACAAUACUCAGGGAUCUUUCACCUGCAGAUGCCCAGUCGGGUAUCAGUUGGAGAAAGGAGUAUGCAAUCUGGUUAGAACCUUUGUGACCGAGUUUAAGUUGAGGAAGACUUUUCUCAAUACUACUGCAGAAAACCAUUCCAACACUCAUGAGCUUGAAAACGAGAUGGCUCAAACACUAAACGUGUGUUUUUCAACAUUGCCUGGCUAUAUCCGAACUACAGCCCGUGUGUUUAGAGAGCCCAGUACAGUGGUCAUCUCACUGCAAGCCACCUUUGCCCUGGUCUCCAAUGUGACGCUGUUUGACCUGGCAGACAGGAUCCAGAAAUAUGUCAACUCCUGCAGGUCCUCUGCUGAAGUCUGCCAGCUCUUGGGGUCUCAGAGGCGGGUCUUUCGAGCGGGCAGCUUGUGUAAGCGGAAGAGUCCAGAAUGUGACAAAGAGACAUCCAUCUGCACCGACCUGGAUGGCGUCGCGCUGUGUCAGUGCAAGUCCGGCUACUUUCAGUUCAACAAGAUGGAUCACUCUUGCCGAGCAUGUGAAGAUGGAUAUAGGCUUGAAAAUGAAACUUGUAUGAGUUGCCCAUUCGGCCUUGGCGGUCUCAACUGUGGAAACCCCUAUCAGCUUAUCACUGUGGUGAUCGCAGCAGCAGGAGGUGGCCUCCUGCUCAUCCUGGGCAUCGCACUCAUUGUGACCUGUUGCAGAAAGAGUAAAAAUGAUAUAAGUAAACUCAUCUUCAAAAGUGGGGACUUCCAAAUGUCCCCAUACGCCGAGUACCCCAAGAAUCCUCGCUCACAAGAGUGGGGCCGCGAAGCCAUUGAGAUGCACGAGAAUGGAAGCACCAAAAACCUCCUGCAGAUGACAGACGUGUACUACUCGCCCACAAAUGUAAGGAACCCCGAACUUGAACGCAACGGACUGUAUCCAGCCUACACUGGACUGCCCGGAUCCAGACACUCUUGCAUCUUCCCGGGACAGUAUAACCCAUCUUUCAUCAGCGACGAGAGCAGGAGGAGAGACUACUUCUGAGUCCAGGAGACAGAGGGGGCCCCGUUUCUCUGAGCCACCUUCCCCGACAUCUGGCUCAGAGGACUACACACAAAGGGAGCACCAUGCACUAGCUGCUCCUGGGACUCGUCAGAGCCAUGCUUGAGGGGCGUGACCACAGUGGAAGGGACAGAUAGAGGCAGAACUGCAGGCCACUCAUUCAGCACUGUUGCUACUGUGAACAUGGUCGUGGGCCAGCGCUGAGUCUCUGAAUGCCUGGAGCGUAGAACUGGAUGGCUUCCGCAGCAGACCACUAUGCUUCAUUUCCAGGACCCAGUUUCUCCUUAAUUUGCACUUUAAUAGGUUGGGCAGGGACGUUUCAUUUUGGACCCUUUUCCAGACUAGUCCAGAAAUCCUCUCUUUCUGAGGACACUUCCCCAGGCCUCAGUUUGGUGAUUGACUGGCAGCCAGGUGCUGGCACGUUUGUUUUUCUGCCUGGUGCCUUGUGCUAAACAACAGAUGGAGGUAAAUUAACCACUGUGAGGGAGCAGCCGAGCAGAGCAGCGCUGCAGUCAAGUGCAAAGUAUUUUAUUUAAGGUUUCUAGGUCUGUGCUCAUUUCCAAGCCAAUGCCAUAAAUGAGACCUUGAUGUUUGCAAGGCUUGCCACAGAACUUUUUUUUUUUUAAGUCAAGGUGAUACAUUUGCUUACAAUGUAUUAGUUUUACUUUCCCAAGCAAGAAUGAAUCAGGGUAAAACAACAUUCAUUUGAAUUUCAUUAGAAGUAUUCAGGUGCCCCUCAGUGUGUCUCAGCAGGCAAUAUCAGGCAGGUCCUACCUGUGGUGUGGUGGGAUGUUUUUGACCCAGGAGGACUGCAUGGAGCCUGGAGCUCUGACCAUCAACGUGUAGCAGGGUGUAGUUGAAAACUACAACGUCUGCAGGGUGUAGUUGAAAAGGGAGAGGCAGUUGCAGGUGUGUGGGAGCUAGUGGUCUCACCAGUCUGCUGUAGGCCCCACAGCAGAAUGGGACAGAGGAAUGAACCGAAUAACCUGACACAUUCCCCGAACUCCAGUGCAGAAGCUGGGGGCUCCCCCAAGAAGAAUGGGGAGCUAGGAAGAAGCUACCGGUAAGGGUACAUACCUGCCGAUCUUCAAACCCAUAAUGUCCACAAACUCAAUGGAAACUUUUAACCACUUAAAGCUAUUUAUUCACUGAGGAGAGAACUUAUUUACUCUCACCCAGCCAUUGAUGCAUCUGUGUUCUUGUGCAGUGUCCCCUCAAGACUCUGCUAUGGCCGGAGUCAGCUUUGGAGAACGAAAGCCUGACCAGCUAAGGGUCUGAGAGCUUGCUUUUGUGUUUUGCUUAUUGUAUUGUGGGAUCCUGGGGGCGCGGCGGGGCUAUGUGGUGUUCAUAGCAGCUUGUGGGAUGUCCUGGUUUGGGAUGAGGUGGAGAGUCAAAGCAUUAUCCCCACCCGGACGCUGGAGACUCGACAGCAUAUAUGUCUGGAAAUGGGACAGCUAUUGGAAAUGGUUCUGUAUGUGUUUCUUUGGCGUUCUCUGAUGCCUCCAAAAUUUAUGAAGGUCCCCAUCCUCUUUUAAGUAAGCCCUGUGUCCCAUGGUCACCGCUGGACUGUCACCACUCACUCUUACCCCCUACAGCAGGACCGUUAGUCAGGUGCAGAGGAUUUUAACCACGUGGCAUUCAUUAGUACAGAGAGGAUUCUGCUGCUCGUGGUUGAUGCUAACUUAAAGUUGCAAAGCAUUGCCAUCAAGAAGCCAUGGGUCUUGUCUGUGUCUCUGUGUGGAACCCAUGGCUCCUUGUGUUGUUGUGAGCCCCUGUGCUCUGCUUGCCUGAGCCCAGAUUCCUUCUAGCCCUUCUGGCGAUAUGCCUGCUUGUCCCAGGCCUCGUGGCUAUGGGAAGAGCCAGCGUGGUGGCUGUUCCCAAGACACACUUCUAAUGUCUUCAGCUGGCAGCACAGCUGGUGAGCACCUGCAUAGGGGGUGCAGAUGACUCCCAGCUGGUGAGCACCUGUACGGGGCCAGGAGCCUCAAGCCCCACAGAAUGAAGUGCCCUGUUCCUGGAAGAAUUCCAGCAUCCAGAAAAAUGUCCUGUGAGUUCCAAAAAUGCUUGCUGACUCGUGAGUCUGGC